GUGUGUUUUUCUCUCUGUUGUUCUCUAAUGACUCGUGUUAUGUGACUGUUUGUGCCUUCCGUUACUUUGACUCGAUCCUCAGAGUCCAAAGUGUUUGAAUGUGUGGCAGGAGUCGAGUCUGUCGGCCGACACGAUCGACCGCUCGGCUCUUGUGCUUUUUAGCAGAAGACGUUUGAAAGAGUGAAAAGCGGCUUCAGCUGUGAUGCUAACAGCUGCUAACAGUCAGGAAUCAGCGGGAAAGCUUGUUUAUUCUCACACUUUGUUUGUUUGUUUGUUUUUUCCUAAAGCAAGUCACGUUCAUUACCGUAAACAUGAGAGUAGAGACGCCCUGCAGUCUGUCCGUGUUUUAAACUGGCACCAUUCAACUUGAAUCAUUAAAGAGCCCGAAAGUCCAACAAAUCUUCGAGUAGAGAUUAAAGUGCAGCUCAGAGUGUCAGCAUUUCUACGAUGUCAUGUCAGCUGUCAGCUUUGUGUUUCGUCCAAUCACAGCUCUGGAUGUUUGUCAUGUGACUGAGGGGACUGCUGAUCAAUACUGUGUGACAGCAUGUUGUUGUGUUUGUGUGAAGGUGUGGGCUCUGCUAUGAAUCAGUGUGAGGAGACAGAGGAGGGAGUCCCUCCCUCUAAAACCACUCUGUGUGGGGAACAUGACAGCCAGACCAAAGCUCAGAGCCCCGAGCAGCAGCAGAGACCAGACUGUCCUGAACCUGAACCUGAACCCAGCUGUGUGUCCAUGAAGAGUGACAGGUCCAUGCUUCAACCUCCUCUUAACUUCAGAGGUGGACACGACUCUGCUGAAGGAAGGAGAUUUAGUCCACAGAAACACAUCGGUUUUCCAGGAAAUUUGGAUGAAACUCGUGGUUUGACCAACCAAACACUUUGUCAGCAGGUGACACAACAGUCAGAUGUUCUCGGUGGUCAGUCUGUCCAGCAGAAUCCAGCAGACCUGGACUCCAUAUUCAUGCAUCUCGAGGAGAACAUUGUCACUUUUGUGAAGAACGAGCUGAAGAAGUUCCAGAAGGUUCUGAGUCCAGAUGACCCAGAAAGCUUAGAGAGGCAGAGUGAGGAUGAGGAGGUGUUGGAUGGUGAGGAUGAAGAGCAGAGGAGCAGCAGCAGAGACGCAUUUCUGAAGAUCACACUGCACUUCCUGAGGAGAAUGAAGCAGGAGGAGCUGGCUGACCGUCUGCACAGCAGAACUGUUGCUGCAGUUUGUCGAUGUCAGCUCAAAUCUGAGCUGAAGAAGAAGUAUGAGAGUGUGUUUGAGGGGAUUGCUAAAGCAGGAAACCCGACCCUCCUGAAUCAGAUCUACACAGAGCUCUACAUCACAGAGGGAGGGACUGCAGAGGUCAAUGAAGAACAUGAGGUCAGACAGAUUGAAACAGCAUCCAGGAAAACCACAAGACCAGAAACAACAAUCAGACAAGAAGACAUCUUUAAAGCCUCACCUGGAAGAGAUGGACCAAUCAGAACAGUGAUGACAAAGGGAGUGGCUGGCAUUGGGAAAACAGUCUUAACACAGAAGUUCACUCUGGACUGGGCUGAAGACAAAGCCAACCAGGACGUCCACUUCACAUUUCCAUUCACUUUCAGAGAGCUGAAUGUGCUGAGAGAGAAAAAGUUCAGCUUGGUGGAACUUGUUCAUGACUUCUUCACUGAAACCAAAGAAGCAGGAAUCUGCAGGUUUGAAGAGUUCCAGGUUGUGUUCAUCUUUGACGGUCUGGAUGAGUGUCGACUUCCUCUGGACUUCCACAACAAUGAGAUCCUGACUGAUGUCACAGAGUCCACCUCAGUGGAUGUGCUGCUGACAAACCUCAUCAGGGGGAAUCUGCUUCCCUCUGCUCGCCUCUGGAUAACCACACGACCUGCAGCAGCCAAUCAGACCCCUCCUGAGUGUGUUGACAUGGUGACAGAGGUCAGAGGGUUCACUGACCCACAGAAGGAGGAGUACUUCAGGAAGAGAUCCAGAGAUGAGGAGCAGGCCAGCAGAAUCAUCUCCCACAUCAAGACAUCACGAAGCCUCCACAUCAUGUGCCACAUCCCAGUCUUCUGCUGGAUCACUGCUACAGUUCUGGAGGAUGUGUUGAAGACCAGAGAGGGAGGAGAGCUGCCCAGGACCCUGACUGAGAUGUACAUCCACUUCCUGGUGGUUCAGUCCAAAGUGAAGAACAUCAAGUAUGAUGGAGGAGAUGGAACAGAUCCACAGUGGAGUCCAGACAGCAGGAAGAUGAUUGAGUCUCUGGGAAAACUGGCUUUUGAGCAGCUGCAGAAAGGAAACCUGAUCUUCUAUGAAUCAGACCUGACAGACUGUGGCAUCGAUAUCAGAGCAGCCUCAGUGUACUCAGGAGUGUUCACCCAGAUCUUUAAAGAGGAGAGAGGACUGUACCAGGACAAGGUGUUCUGCUUCAUCCAUCUGAGCAUUCAGGAGUUUCUGGCUGCUCUUCAUGUCCACCAGACAUUCAACAACUCUGGUGUCAACUUGCUGGCUGAAGAAUCGCCAACAUCAAAGUGGUUUAAACUGUUCAGAAAUGACUCAAAACUAACUCAUCUGUACCAGAGUGCUGUGGAUGAGGCUUUGCAGAGUCCAAAUGGACACCUGGACUUGUUCCUCCGCUUCCUCCUGGGUCUUUCACUUCAGACCAAUCAGACUCUCCUACGAGGUCUGAUGAAACACACAGGAAGUGUCUCACAGACCAAUCAGGAAACAGUCAGGUACAUCAAGAAGAAGAUCAGUGAGAAUCUGUCUCCAGAGAGGAGCAUCAAUCUGUUCCACUGUCUGAAUGAACUGAAUGAUGGUUCUCUGGUGGAGGAGAUCCAACAGUCCCUGAGGUCAGGAAGUCUCUCCACAGAUAAACUGUCUCCUGCUCAGUGGUCAGCUCUGGUCUUCAUCUUACUGUCAUCAGAAGAAGAUCUGGACGUGUUUGACCUGAAGAAAUACUCUGCUUCAGAGGAGGCUCUUCUGAGGCUGCUGCCAGUGGUCAAAGCCUCCAACAAAGCUCUGCUGAGUAGCUGUAAUCUGUCAGAGAGAAGCUGUGAAGCUCUGUCCUCAGUUCUCAGCUCCCAGUCCUCUAGUCUGAGAGAGCUGGACCUGAGUAACAACCACCUGCAGGAUUCAGGAGUGAAGCUGCUGUCUGCUGGACUGAAGAGUCCAAACUGUCAGCUGGAGACUCUCAGGUUGUCAGGUUGUAUGAUCACACAGGAAGGCUGUACUUCUCUGGCCUCAGCUCUGAGAUCCAACCCCUCCCAUCUGAGAGAGCUGGACCUGAGCUACAAUCAUCCAGGAGACUCAGGAGUGAAGCUGCUGUCUGCUGGACUGGAGGAUCCACACUGGAGACUGGACACUCUCAGGGUGGAACAUGGUGGACAGCAGAGGCUGAAACCUGGUCUGAGGAAGUAUGCCUGUGAACUCACAGUGGACACAAACACAGUAAACACAAAACUCAAACUGUCUGACAACAACAGGAAGGUGACACGAGUGACAGAGGAGCAGCCUCAUCCUGAUCAUCCAGAGAGGUUUGACUGCAGGCCUCAGCUGCUGUGUAGAACUGGUCUGACUGGUCGCUGCUACUGGGAGGUCGAGUGGAGAGGAGGAGUUUAUGUAUCAGUGACUUACAGAGGAAUCAGAAGGAAAGGAAACACUGCUGACUGUGUGUUUGGAUGGAAUAAUCAGUCCUGGAGUCUGAGCUGCUCUGAUGUUGAUGGUUUCUCUUUCUGGCACAAUAACAUAAGAACAGACCUCCCCUCCUCGUCCUCCUCCUCCUCUUCCUCUGUCUCUCACAGAGUUGCAGUGUAUGUGGACUGUCCUGCUGGCACUCUGUCCUUCUACAGAGUCUCCUCUGACACACUGAUCCACCUCCACACCUUCAACACCACAUUCACUGAACCUCUUUAUGCUGGAUUUUGGCUCUGGUUUGGUUCCUCGGUGUCUCUGUGUUCAGUGUAGGAGGGAGAGUCUCCUCCUGUUAGGGAAACACACACACACAUACAAUCUGAAUUGAUUUCUCACAUAAAUAAGCGUGUUUAUCCAAUAAAAUCAGGUUCCAGACUCUCACAUCAUCUAAAGAUUUUUUCCUGAUCACUUUGAUAUUAAUGUUGAUGUUAUUGGUGUGUAAUUGAUCCUGGGAAGGUUGAAAGCUGUCAGAAAUCCUUCAGAGUCAUUUCCACAGUAAAUCUGUGUAUAUGAAUGGAUGGAGGUGAGUGUCAGUGUUCCAGGGAUAUAAGAAACAUGUUGAUGAGACAUUCUGACACUUCUGUCAAAAAUCAACUCAUAUUGUAAAACAUCAAAAUGUUCAUUUUCAUGCAUUUUGUCUUUCUUCUUCACUUCUGCUGUUUGUCUUAAAUUUGGGCUGAAUGAGACGUUUUUAGCACUACACUUCCCAUCAUUCUUUGGGUGAUGUAACAGGAAGUGUAGUGUUGCAGUGGAGUCAGUCGCUGUGUGUCUGUAGUUGCUCCACUUCCCCUCAGGCCCUGGUACUACAGAACAGCAUCCGUCACACAGAGGCCACUUGGAGAGCAGGAGAGUCAGGAGUGAGAGUCACAGUUGGACAUGUUUAAAGCCUCUAUUGCAGGGGCAGCUGUUUGAAAAUGAGUUCAAGUGACUUGGGGACUCGUUCACAAACGAGGGUGGAUGGGCUCAACCUUGGAGACAGGAUGAGGAGCUCAUAAAUCCUGAAGGAGUGUGAAGUUGAUCUAUUGUUGAUCUGCAUUUGAAGAUGUCAGUUUCAUUUCCUUCUGGAGGUGUUAAAGUCACAUCCCUCUAGGAGAUCACAGGGCACAGGUUCCACUGGAGGGAUUACAUAUCCCAUGUGCCUGAGGAUCCCCAACAAGGGGCUGGAAAACAUGAGGGAGAAGGAUGGAUGAGUGAUUCUGUCUCGUCUGCUGCCACCAGAUUGGCCACCAAGAAAGACUUGACAGAAAGAAAUCAAGCGAGGAUUAAUGCCCACAAGGUGUCCGUUACGGAGAAUUAAAAGACAACAGUGAGUCUGUUUACUCCUGGUUAUUUAUAUGGAUCCUUAAAAACAAAUGGCAAAAUGCCCAGCACAAGUUACUUCAUGUGGUCCAGACCUCAAAGCUGUUUCAUUAAAAGGUUCAAUCGAGGACAGACAACUGGUUACAGGCAGGGGUGGAAGUGACGAAUUACAAACACUCACCUUACUGGAUGCAGAGCCUCUGAGGCCUCUGAGCGUCAGUUUCCAUCCGUCUGUCCAGACUCAGACAUGUGGUGACCGACGGGGAGCUUCAUCAGCAACCACCUGAAGCUCAGUGUUACGCCCCCAUUGAGGUGGAGUCUCGGGCAGUGUUUUUCAACCUUUACUGAGCCAAGGUACAUUUUUUUCAUUGAAAACAUCACGAGGCACAGCACCAGCUGAAAAUGUUUAAAAAAGCCUAUAUUAACAAUAUAAAGUCAUUCUGGUCAAAGUGUCUGGAAUAUGAAUGAAAUAAACACUAAGAAAUAA